GAGGUGCUGAAAGAGGAAGCAUGGCUCAAAGUCUCUGAGCUGCUGUCGCUGUAGCUGCGAAACUGCAGAAGAAUGAAGGCAGCCGGACCACUGAAGGUAUGACAGUGAGCUCCAGUGUGCUGGUUGUAGUCCUGACGGUUAUGUCAGUGGCGUCACUCAGUCUGAUGUCGCUGCUGUGUCUGCGAUGCAGAAGAAAAUCCAAGAUCAAAGAGGUGGAGUCUCAGAUAUACGACCCACAGACAUUCCAACGUGGGGGAAGUAAAUUUGCAGUGGUGCGAUCGACAACAGUCACCAGAGCCAAUCAGAUUAUGUCGACCCCAGUUGAAACUCCAGAGGAAAUGGAAUCUCCAGCAGUUCAAACACUGAGCUCAAGUCUGGAACACGACUACGUAGCACCAAUCGCUAUAUCAGUGUACGCAAAUGAGCCAACUGAAGUAACGAUGGAUGAAAACGAUCACUCGCCAUCAGACUACGAGAAUGUUUUCCCGUCGAUACAGAUGACAGACGAUGAGGACGACUAUGAAAACACUCAGUUCCUGGACCAAGUUAUGGGGCAGCAGGAGGACAGUGAGCCAGAUUAUGUGAAUGAAGCCGAUUACACCUGAACACAUCAUCAGUGGAAAGCUUUAACCAGCCUGCACAGCUCCGGUCUUUCUGUAAAACUAAAGUAAAAGCUGUUUUUAUCUAAAUGUGCCAUGUGUGAUAAGCAGAUUAUGUGGACAGCUGCUUGCAUAAACAUUGGUGAACCUCCACCGUGUUGUCAGCUGUGAAAAGUGAGGCUGCCAUCUAGUGGUGAAAUGACUCCACUUUAAUAAGCAGUGGACAAGAGAUUCUUGAAUGUUUGCAUUGACAAAAGUACAUAUUUUUCUGUGUAAAUACUUUAAAUGCUGAAGAAUUUUUUGUGACCUUUUGAGUAUUAAAGAGGACGUUAAUUAAAUGACUAUGUCCAUAUUAUUAAUAA